AUGGACAGCCUGCGUGCCCCGCCGCCAUUUUUGAUGGCCCCCGGCCGUCCUCAGAUCUCAUGGACCCAGUGUUUCAGGGAGUUCCUGAUCUUCGCCGUGGCUCUGAGUGCCAGGUGUGGCUUCGGUGAGCUGCAGGAACAGUUUGUGGGGGAGCAGUUCCUGGAGGGCUGCAGUGACCCCCGGCUGCGGGAGCGCCUCUGCAGGGAGCCAACUCUCACCUCUGCGCGUAUCCUGGAGGUGGCUGAGAUGCUGCAGAUGGAGGCGGAACGAGAGGAGCCAGAAGAACUUCCCAGUCUCAGUGGCUUCGUGCAUCGAGUGAGGCUGAAGUCAGACCAGGAAGUGGCUCCAGUACAACAACGCCUGCGGCCUCUGCCCUAUGUACUGAGGGAGGAGGUGCGGCAGCAUCUCGAGAAGCUGCAACAAGCAAGAAUAAUCGAACCAGUGGACUCAUCUCCCUGGAUCUCGCCCAUCGUGGUGGCAAGACGCCGGAAUGGUCAGCUGAGGCUCUGCGUGGACCUCAAGGAAGUCAACAAGGCAGUGGAAGCAAGUGGACACCCACUACCUGACAUGCAGGACCUGUUGGAGCAGCUGCAGGGAGCUACGGUGUUCAGCAGCCUGGAUCUGAAGUCAGCACACCACCAGCUGGAGCUGCAUCCUGAUUCGAGGUCGCUGACAACGUUCAUCACCCAUCAGGGCCUCAUGCGGUACAAGAGGUGCCUGUUCGGGUUGAAGAGCCUGCCGCAAGCCUUCCAGAAGGUGAUGGAAGCUGUCCUCCGAGGCAUCGAUGGAGUGCAGGUGUAUCUGGAUGACGUCAUCAUCUUCGCUCGGACACCCAGUCAGCACGAGGUGCAGCUGUCAGCCGUCAUGGAGAGGCUCAGGCGACGUCGCAUCACACCGAACAUGGACAAGUGCAGGAUGCGCCAGCGAGAGAAGGAGUUUCUGGGCUUCAUCAUCUCACAGAGGGGGGGGGGGGCAGUCAACCCGGCCCGGGUUCAGGCUCUCCGAGACCUGCCCCCACCCUCAGGGCUGAAGGACCUGCAGACCAUGCUGGGCCUAUUCGGCUCCUACAGUCGGUUCGUCCCGGGCUACAGCACCCUGGUGGAGCCUCUGCGCCGUCUGCUGCGGAAGGGGGCGCCACCGUUCCUGUGGACGCCCGAUCUGCAGGCGGUGAUGGACACAGUGCGGCAGGGCAUCCUCAAGAGCUAG